GCAGUGUAGUGGUGCAAGACAUAUUCAAGCGUUAAAAAAUGUGGUUGUAACGUGACAAUGACAUCAUAUUCACACAUAAUGAACGUACACAUGCAUCAUGUGCGUGUAGCCUGUAAAUUGUGUUGAGUAGGCCUAGGCCUACGACAUGUAAAACGAAACAAUUUACAGGCUGAUGGUUGUGACGUAAGGAAACAGUGGCACGCAAGACAACGUUUAAUUUCCAGUGUUUGAAACUUCCUUACAAAGUAUCGUAAUGAGCAUUACAGCAUGAGUUUCUCACCUCCUGGCGAUUCGUCAUUUCAGAGCGCAUACUCCCUUGACUCCGACAUAAACAACGGCACAGUGGAUGAGCAAAGCCUCGGGUUUAGCUUUGGCAUUAUGCACCAGGCAAUGGAUCAUGAGCAUCGUACCCUUGCUGACGAAUAUCAAAGACCACCUGCUUACAAUCCCUUUAUCCACCAAGAGGAGCAAGACAGCACCCCAACUAAUGAAGAUGCCUCCAAAUCGAAGAAGAAACCCCCGCCCCCGCGGCCCCCACCUCCAAGGCGGGCCAAGAGCAAAGAGGAUGACGUCGUGCAAAAGCUGAGGGUGAAUCGUGUCAGGUGGUUCUACAGGGACGAAGCCAACAAAAAGUGGGUGCCGUUCAUUGGAUAUGACUCUUGUCAGCUGGAAUGGAAGUACCGAAAGGUCUAUGAGCAGGGAGAAGUGGGGGACGAGAACAUCGAGCGAGUCUUGGUGCGGGGAGGGUUAUACGAAGUGGAUAUACUGGACAAGAAAUGUCUUUCUAUCUUCUGGUCAGAUGAAAAAGUUGAUGUCAUGCGUGGCACUUGGUUUUACUAUGGAAACUCUGAACCUUUGGAAGAAAGUAUAGCCAGCCAGAUUGAGACGGAACAUUUUGCCGAGUUUGGGGGGCAAAAGAUCGUGGAGGAAGCACAACCAAAGAAAGGACCCAAACAAGCUUUAAAGCAGCUACGAUUCAGAGACCACCAUGUUGACUGGAACAGCAUCCGAGAUGUCUACAUAUACAGCAACUCAACGAGCUCCAGGAUUGCACGAUCCAUCGGCACGACCAUUGGCUUUUCCAAAGCCUCUACCAGUGGUUAUCGCAUUAUCCGUGGUUAUCACGAGGAGGCAUCACUGGAUGAUAAGCCACCGCCCAUCAGCCAUCUGGUCUUUGUGGUCCACGGCAUCGGUCAGAUCAUGGACAGGGGCAGUAUCAUCAAGAACUGCUCAGAUUUGCGCAAGGGAGCUGAAAAGAUAAUCAACAAACAAUUCCCUGACCUAAAAGGGCCAACCUGCACCAAACGUGUAGAGUUCCUGCCUGUUGAAUGGCGGACAUCUCUCAGCCUUGAUAAUGGAGUUGUUACUACCAUCACGCCGCAGAAGCUCAAAGGACUGCGACAUGUGUUGAACAGUACUGGAAUGGAUAUAUUGUAUUACACCAGUCCAUUGUAUAGAUCUGAGAUUGUGAAAGGCCUCCAUCUUCAGUUGUGCCAUCUUUACUCCCUCUUCUGCUCUCGCAACCCAGGAUUUGAGCCCAACGGAGGCAAGGUGUCCAUCUUUGCGCACUCGUUAGGCAGCGUCAUAGUGUACGACAUCCUGACAGGCUGGAAUCCCAUCCACCUGUAUGAUCAGUACUUGAAUCACGAGCAAGGGAGCCACCCUGAUCUGGACUCGGUCAGUGACCAUCACCAGGAGUUGGCGGCAGAGCUCAACGAGGCACGGAAAAAGGUUGCCGAGCUAGAGGAUAAACUCCUAGCAACCAACCAAGUUGCUGUCAGCAUCAAAUCUCCCAAACUGGACUUCCAGAUCGAUAGUUUCUUCUGUGUCGGUUCCCCUCUCGCUGUCUUCCUCAUUAUGAGAGGUUUCCGCGCCCAAGGCAAUGGGUCCGUCAGCCACAUUAUUCCAAAGUCCAUUUGUAAACGUAUCUUCAACAUUUACCAUCCUGCAGACCCAGUAGCCUACCGCCUGGAGCCCUUGAUGCUCAAACAUUACUCCACCAUCAGCCCCUUACCGAUCCACCGAGCCGACUCCCCCAAACAGACCCCUUAUGACCAGAUGAAAACCACAGCAUAUCCUACUAGCCGCACCACACCCGAAGAGAUGACGGGUUCAGAGAUAGGGUCCUCGGGUGCAGGGCCACCCGCGACAGCAUCAGGCUCAAGUGCUAAAUCAGCAGUCUCUCGAACUUCAUCAUUCACCGACGGUGUUGGAGGCUUCCUUGCAAGAUUUUCCCGUUCUGAGGAGCGCGAUCCUGACAUAGACGUUCUGGAAGAUCUGCAGAAGACAAUGGAGGAAAUUGACCUGAAUUCAGUGACCGUUCAGGCUGGCAUACCGACAGAACUGGAGAGCGUGGAGCUCGAGCAGCGUGUUGAUUUUGAGCUUCGGCAGAGUAAUCUCAGCAGUACGUACAUCUCGGCGCUGACAUCACACAGCUCAUACUGGACCUCAGCUGACCUCUCCUUGUUCAUGUUGACCCAGCUGUUCCCAGAAUACCUUAAUUUGGCAGCUCCUAAAUUGUAAGGUCGGGUGUGAGGUCAGAAAUUGAGCUGUCUGAGCAACAUGCAAAGAAGUUUCUUUGAAGAGUAAGCACCAUCAGCCAAGAAGCCAUUUACAAGUUAAAUUUGACCAAUGGCUGGACCCCUGAAUCUUCAAAUUACUCUUGUGCAGUCGUACUAGAAUUCCCCCAACUGAAUGGAUUGCCCUUCUAACUCAUUGUAUAUAAAGGUCGAAGGUCAUCUGUGUAACUAUGCAAGAUCGUGCUCCUUAUUACAUUAAGCAACUGGAAAACUCAAAACAUGAGAAAUAUUUAAACAAGUUUGUCAAUCACAUUUCUAUAAAUUGAACUUGCCAUUAACAUAAGUUAAUUAAAGGUAACUUUCAUGGGUCAACAGUAAGUAUGCAAUUUGUGUUUAGUCUUAUGUUGGUUUGUGUUUGUAAAUAUUAUGUACUCUUUAGUCCUUUGUUUUUUUUUUCAUGUACAGUACUUUGUGCCUUGUACAAAUUGAACGAUAUGACUUGAUCGCAGCCCAGGUUUUGUGUUUUUGAUGAUAUUAUGUUUCAGAAUUAUAUGUAAAGUAAUUUAUUUGGUCAGGAGUUUUAUUAUAUUCUGCAAGUCUGAUUGCCUUAUUUGACUUAUUUCAUAUGCAGUUGGUAGUUGAGAACAUGGUUGACUUUCUGUGUAAUUGCAAAUAAGUUACAAUGCCUUACUGGUGGCCGAUGCUGCCAUAAAUGCCCCUCUACAGCAAUAAGUAUAAAUUGCCCACACAGUGGCUUGUACAGUGCAAAUUCAGUGCAGCCGACAUUACAAAGUGUCCCCUGAUGUUCAUCACAUUUCCUCCACAGUGGUACACUGUUACAUUAGACCUAUUUGUCUUGGUGUAUUAUACCAAGGUAUUAAAUAAGAUGUGAUUGGGCAAUUAUCGGUGUGUUUUACACAAACAAAAGAAUUGAUGAAUGAGCUGUGCAAUAGUUGUGAUCCAACUUCAAGAGUCUUGCACUUUGUUGCUCAACAGGAGCCUUCAACAAUUUUCAUUCACAUAGCGGCGAGUUUCACCAGGAUGCUAAAGUGAGUGACACAUGAAAACCAAGAGAUCAGUUUGCUCUGACAAAUGCAAAGUGAAACAAAAUUACAGGAAAAAAUAGCCUUUAGACAAUAUGAGGGAUCCGAGCACAUUUACCAAAAGUUGGCAUUUUUGAGUAGGGUUUCUUGUACAUGGAAUUCAUACUGCCUUAACCAUAAGCAAAUUUGCAUGCUGUGUCUCUUUCAACAGUUUCAAGUUUCAGCAUCACAUUGGCUGUUUCUCCAUUAAAAGAAACCAUGAAUUGCCUUGUGUUGAAAGAAAUAGGAUGGAAAUGUGUACCACUGUCACCUGUUGAAACUAUAAAUCUAAUAUGUUUACUUGAUCUGCUCUAUCCCUCACAAAAAUAGUCACUUGUGGUGGAUUGAAGAGUUUGAAGGAUUUCCCAAAGAAUUCUAUUUCCCAGCUUUCAAUUUCAAGAAAUUUCUGUCAACUUUAAAGAUAACUUUAUUUAAAGUAUUAAACCUUGUUCUCUUCUUACCAUUGACUAUUUCAAAACUUGGAGGUGUUAUAAGGGCGUAGCAAGCAAGGGUUAAUGUAUUAUAUUCAGUGUGAUUACAUAUAUUAAUGAUUGAAAAUAUGCAGCUGAAUUAUUGUUUUAGCUGCCACCUUGAGUGACCUUUGACCUUGAAGUAGGUGAAUAUCAAAAUUUUGUCCAACUUGUAUUGCAAUGAUCAAGUGAAAUUUAUGAACAUGACUGGAGGUGGUUCAGUCAAUAACUGAAAGAUACAACUCAUGACAUGUCUGCUGCCUCCGUGAUUUGACGAUUACAAAAUGUUUCAUUUUAAAGUAAAGGAAUUCAUAUAAUUAAGGCGGAACUUUAAUUGUAUAUAAUUACUGAAAUAAUAUCCCAUAUGGAAUGAAAAUUGAAAUAUUGAUCAAUGCAAAUUUGCACAGGGACAUUUGGUCAUAAAUUUCCUCACCGUAAAAUUUGUAGGAUCAGUUUUAGUGAAGAAUUGAUUGUAGAUAAAUGUAUGUUUUUUUUACUUUUGUACAGUUGUUCACCAGAUACAAGUUUGUUUGCCAGACAUGAAGUUUUUCAGGGCACAAAUUCUUUGUCACUUGUAGAUCAGAGUCUGGUCAAUAAAAGUCUUUUAAAAUCUUUUCA